UCAGAGCUACAGCACUGUCAUCACCAAAGCUACACUGGUCUGUUCUGCUCUGGUUCUGCUGAAGCUUUAAGUGUUCAUCAUGCUGUACCUGGGUCUGAGCUGUUUGCUGCUACAUGUGUUAGUGGUGUUUGGGACCGAGCUCACCUUUGAGCUCCCUGACAACGAAAAGGAGUGUUUCUACGAGGAGCUGGAGAAAGAUGUGAGAUUUGACUUCGACUUCCAAGUCAUCUCAGGAGGAAAUUAUGAUGUGGACUGCUUCGUAAUUGAUCCUCUGGACAACGUCCUGUAUAAUGAGAAGAAGAAGCAGUAUGACAGCUUCUCUCACACCACGGAUAUGAAGGGCGUCUACAAGGUCUGCUUCAGCAAUGAGUUCUCCACUUUCACAGAUAAAACUGUGUACCUCGACUUCCGCCAUGGAGAUGAGGAGCCUCUCCUGGAGAGCAUGACUAGAUCUUCAGCGCUGACACAGGUAAGUCUGAGGUACACAGGAGAAAUGAAAUUAAACAUGGCGGGUUACUUAAAGGCUGUGAGCUGCAUGUCCAGAGCAGUGUCUCUGUCUCGAAACCCCGCGGUGCUCUCACCGGCCUCCGUCUGCCUCCUCACACCACACCACAGAAACUAUGCCACCAAGCGCAUCAAGGUGGAGCAGCCGGUGGUGGAGAUGGACGGAGACGAGAUGACCCGCAUUAUCUGGGAGUUCAUUAAAGAGAAGCUCAUCUUGCCCAAUGUGGAUGUUGAGCUGAAGUAUUUUGAUCUGGGUCUGCCCUACCGGGACCAGACAGAUGACCAGGUCACCAUUGACUCUGCUCUGGCAACCAUGAAAUACAACGUGGCUGUGAAGUGUGCCACCAUCACCCCUGAUGAGGCCAGAGUUGAGGAGUUUAAGCUAAAGAAUAUGUGGAAGAGUCCAAACGGCACCAUCAGGAACAUCCUGGGUGGGACAGUUUUCCGCGAGCCGAUCCUUUGUAAAAAUAUCCCUCGUCUUGUUCCCGGUUGGAUACAACCCAUAGUCAUCGGCAGACAUGCUUUUGGAGAUCAGUACAGGGCCACAGACUUUGUUGUCGACCAGCCUGGAAAGUUCAAGAUGGUGUUUUCCCCGAAUGAUGGUAGCAAGCCGAGGGAGUGGGUGGUGUAUGACUUCCCUGCAGGAGGCUGCGGGAUGGGAAUGUACAACACUGAUGAGUCGAUCAGUGGAUUUGCUCACAGCUGCUUCGAGUAUGCCAUCCAGAAGAAGUGGCCUCUGUACAUGAGCACCAAGAACACAAUCCUCAAGUCCUACGACGGGCGCUUCAAAGACAUCUUCCAGGACAUCUUUGAGAAGAAGUACAAGCCAGAGUUUGACAAGCUAAAGAUCUGGUACGAGCACCGUCUCAUUGAUGACAUGGUGGCCCAGGUCUUGAAGUCCUCUGGAGGAUUUGUCUGGGCCUGCAAGAAUUAUGACGGAGAUGUGCAGUCAGACAUUCUGGCUCAGGGUUUUGGCUCUCUGGGUCUGAUGGCAUCUGUUCUUGUUUGUCCUGAUGGUAAGACUAUUGAGGCUGAGGCUGCACACGGCACGGUCACCAGACAUUACCGUGAACACCAGAGGGGACGACCGACCAGCACCAACCCCAUUGCCAGUAUCUUUGCUUGGACCAGAGGACUGGAGCACAGAGGCAAACUGGAUGGAAAUCCUGACUUGAUAAAGUUCUGCCAGACUUUAGAAAAAGUGUGUGUGGAAACUGUGGAAAACGGUGUGAUGACUAAGGACCUUGCAGGCUGCAUCCAUGGAUUGACCAACUGCAAGCUGAAUGAACAUUAUGUCAACACGUCAGACUUCCUGGAUGCUAUCAAGAACAACCUGGACAAGACUCUGAGCAAAUGAAAACCAAUCAGAAGAGGCACUUACAAUGUAUAAAGACAAACCCUUUCUGUAGCUAGACUAAACUAGACUUUUCUCCUCUGUUGCCCCCCGGUGGUGGAAUGAACAAUCAAACCCCAUUCCAUCUGCAGAGUCCCUCUGCACCUUUAAGAAAAAGCUAGAGUUAGACCCAGCUCUUUCAUGAAUACCUACUAACUUAAUGAUGAUGACGGUCUGGAUAUUAUUGAUGAAGAUGG